AUGAACUUCCCGGGCGGCGCCGGGCAGAGCCCCGGGCAGCAACAGAGCCUGGCGGCGCCGGGCGGGCCGGUGCCGGUGCCCGUGCCCGGGCCCUCGGGGCCGCAGCCCGGCGGGCCGCCCCCGCCGCAGUUCGGGCUCUCCAACUCGGCCGCGAUCCGCGCCGAAAUCGGGCGCUUCGAGUCCGUGCACCCUAAUAUCUACGCCAUCUACGACCUCAUCGAGCGCGUGGAGGACCUGGCGCUGCAGAGCCAGAUCCGCGAGCACGUCAUCUCCAUCGAGGAUUCAUUUGUGAACAGCCAGGAGUGGACCCUGAGUCGCUCGGUGCCUGAGCUGAAGGUGGGCAUCGUGGGGAACCUGUCCAGUGGCAAGUCAGCGCUGGUGCACCGCUACCUGACCGGCACCUACGUGCAGGAGGAGUCUCCAGAGGGUGGCCGCUUUAAGAAGGAGAUCGUGGUGGAUGGUCAGAGCUACUUGCUGCUGAUUCGAGAUGAAGGGGGGCCCCCUGAACUCCAGUUUGCAGCCUGGGUCGAUGCAGUGGUGUUUGUCUUCAGCCUGGAGGAUGAGAUCAGCUUCCAGACCGUCUACAACUACUACCUGCGGCUCUGCAGCUACCGAAACACAGCGGAGGUGCCCAUGGUGCUGGUGGGCACACAGGAUGCAAUCAGUGCCACGAACCCCCGCGUCAUCGACGACUCCCGUGCACGGAAGCUCUCCAACGAUCUGAAGCGCUGCACCUACUACGAGACCUGUGCUACCUACGGCCUGAAUGUGGAGAGGGUCUUCCAGGACGUGGCUCAGAAGGUGGUGGCUCUCCGGAAGAAGCACCAGCUGUCCAUCGGCCCCUGCAAGUCACUGCCCAACUCACCCAGCCACUCAUCUGUUUCUGCAGCCUCCAUUCCUUCUGUCCACAUCAACCAGGCCACCAACGGUGGAGGAGCCUUCAGUGACUACUCCUCCUCUGUGCCCUCCACCCCCAGCAUCAGCCAGCGGGAGCUGCGGAUCGAGACCAUCGCUGCCUCCAACACCCCCACCCCCAUCCGCAAGCAGUCCAAGCGACGCUCCAACAUCUUCACGAUAUGUGCCACUGUUUCCAACUUUUCAUCAACAAAAAGGCCUUUCCAACUUCUUCCAAAUUAG